AUGUUAGGUUUUGUCCAAGUUAUCUUGCUUUGUUUACCAAUUGCUUUGGGUGCAUCGUUGCUGAAUGCUGCUAUUAAGGUUGAAGAGGUCAGUAAUUCAGAGGGAUGGCCAUGGCCAAUCAUGCAACGUCCUUCAAAAGAAGGUGCAUCUGUCAUAUAUGACAGAUACAAUGGAGUGUACAUUAAAGGUAGAAAUGAAGACGGACUUGACGCUCGUGGUUCAUGCUAUGGUGCUAACUUUGGUGGUGCAUGCUGCAUUGGUAUCUACUGUUCUUACGAGGUAAUUAAUGAAUUACUGGAUAAAGAUGUGUCUACCGUAGGUGUUAAACACGAACAAUUCAGCUCUGAUAUUGAUCCUAACAAAGUUAGAAAGAUUGUGUUACACAGUGAUGGUACUACUGACAUUGAUUAUGUUGAUCAUGGGAACAUUGAUGCAGCUUGUAUUGGUAUUAGAGCAGGCUCUUGCUGUGUUGGCUUGUGCUGUGGUUGUUUGGAAGCAGUUGGAAAUAGUACUUCAGUGGCUACUUCUACAUAA